CUGGUUCAUCACCUCUGAAUACUCCUGUGACAGGAGGUGCUUGCAAAACCCGCCUCCAGCCCUGAGCAGCAAUAAAUAGAAGGCUCCCAGCCCAGGAGAAGCGAGAAGUUUCCAGGCCUGCUUCCCCGGGUUUAUUAAGCUCCUGGCUCCACUCUAGACCUCGGCAGCUCUGGCUGAGAGCCUGGACAGCCUGCGAGGACGGUGACUGGCUGAUCUCCGGUGCGGCUGGGCGGAGGAGAGGGGCCCUCUGGAAUUCUGCUGGACCAGCCGGGGUCACCUUUGGUGGCUGGAGUGCCUUGGGGGCUGGCACCCCAGCCUGGCGUGUGCCUUGGCAGUGGAUGGUUGAGCAUUUUCUGCAGCUGAAGAACAAGCUUGGCAGGCCAGCACCCCCCCAUCACCUUGCUGUGUGACCUUGGGCAGGUGGCUCCCUCUCCCUGAGCCUCUGUUUCCCCUCCAGCUCAGCAGCCGCCAUGGGUGACGGUCAGAUGCCCUUUCCCUGCCACUACCCAAGCCGCCUGCGCCGAGACCCUUUCCUAGACUCGCCCCUCUCCUCCCGUCUGCUGGAUGAUGGCUUUGGUAUGGACCCCUUCCCCGACGACCUGACCACCUCGUGGCACAACUGGGCCCUGCCCCGGCUCUCCCCGGCCUGGCCAGGGACCCUGAGGUCGGGCAUGAUGCCCCGGGGGUCCACCAGCACAGCCAGGUAUGGUGUGCCUGCUGAGGGUAGGAGCCCCCCACCCUUCCCUGGGGAGCCCUGGAAAGUGUGUGUCAACGUGCACAGCUUCAAGCCAGAGGAGCUGAUGGUGAAGACCAAGGACGGAUACGUGGAGGUGUCUGGCAACCACGAAGAGAAGCAGCAAGAAGGGGGCAUCGUUUCCAAGAACUUCACAAAGAAAAUCCAGCUGCCUGCAGAAGUGGAUCCGGUGACAGUGUUUGCCUCACUUUCCCCAGAGGGCCUGUUGAUCAUUGAAGCUCCGCAAAUACCUCCGUACUCACCUUUUGGGGACAGCAGUUUCAACGACUUUCCCCAAGAUAGCCAAGAGGUCACCUGUACCUGAGAUCCCAGGCGUGGCCCAUCCUUUUCCUUCCCCAACCCCAGUGCUUCUCCGAGUCAAGGGUACAUUAUUCUAGCUGAAUUCAUAGAUUUAGUGCAACGAAAUGUUGAGGGUAGGGAUGGAUUGACCACAGAUUCCUGAGAUAGUGUAGUACUAGGUUUUUCCACAAGAUAGAGCAAUUGGCAGGUCAUGCUCUGUUGCAUUAGGCCAAAAUGCUGGGAGGUUUCUUAACCUUUUCUAUGGUAAUGAAAAUGUCGCACAUUCUAUAGCUGCAAAUAAAAGGGGACAUAACAUUUCACGUUGUAUCUUACCUUGUAGCUAAUGCAAGAAUUGCUUUUUUCUGGGGACCUCCCCAUCAACAAGAUUCCUAUUCUGGGCUUCCAAUUUCCAAGCCUGCCCCAUGGUUUGGCUGAUAGAGCCCAUUGGCUCAACCUACAGUGUUUCUGCAGCCCUGGCCUAAAAAGGGGGUACAGACACGUCUUACAUCCCCAUAUGGGAUUUAGUCUAACAACCACAUGAAAACAAUGAGUGCCUUCUGCCCUCCACCCAGGCUUUGUAGCAUGUUCCCAGCUGGCAUUCCCUGAGGACACUGAGAGCCCCUUAGUUUGUUCUCUGGCUAAAGUCCUCUCUUUCUUGUGUUGCCUACGUCUAAGUCAGGAUUUUUACAGAGGGGGCUGUCUCCAGACAGCUCCACCAGGAACCAAGCAAAGGCCAGACAGCCUGGCAUGCAGGCUAGUGGUAUUGCAUAUAUGAGUGGGACAUGUGUGUCCUUGUUAUUUGAAUUGUGCUGUUGUUUAGCAAAAAAAAAAAAAAACACUAAAUAAUAAUAAUAAAGGAGCUGAUGUUCUUA